ACCUCAUAUUUCGCUUUGAUCAAAUUUCUUUUUGUAAAAAAGCACAUUCGCCGAUUAUUAUUUUGAAGUUUUUAAUCGAUUAUGCUUCGAUAGUUAGGUUCAGUUUGGUAGAACUCUAAAGUCUUACAUUAAUCAUUGUAUAAAGAGCUGCAGCAACUACACUUAUCAUCAUGAUAGAAGUCAUCGAUGACGAUGGUCUACGACAUUUGGACUUGACAGUAGAGUUCAGUGGUGAUGAGGAUUAUCAUUCAACGGAAGUUUUUUGUACAACUGUUACUAUUGUUCCAUCUCCUGUUGAAAACAAUUAUGGUAGUUCAAAAGUAAAACUUAAGAACAUUGUAGACUUUUCAUGGGAACCACAUUUUUAUACCGGUCAACUUCUGGCAGUUCAUAUGUCUGGAAAAUAUCUUGCUUAUGGUAUUAAAGCUGGUAGUGGUGCAGGAGUUGUCAGAGUAGUCUACAAAGAUUCAGAACAACGUGCUCUCCUUCGAGGAAUGCGAGGAACGAUUCAAGAUCUAGCCUUCGCCCAUGUUUCUAAUGUUAUUCUAGCUUGUAUUGACUAUACUGGUAGCUUUUUCGUUCAUACAAUAGUGUCCACGACCACUCAGUUAGUCUGUAACCUUUUACUUUUCAUCAAUUCUGAAGAUGUUUCUCCUUGUAGUCAUCGUGUUAUCUGGUGUCCAUAUCUUCCUGAUGAGGAUGCAUCUGAUGGCGGAGAAGAUGUUUCGAAACUUUUAAUGGUUACUAGAGAUUCAACUGCUGAGCUUUGGUCGGUUGACAAUGUCUGGACUCAGUUUGGCUCAGGUCCUUUGUCAUUAAAUGACUCAAACGUUAAAAGUUGUGGAGGAUUUAUGGAAAUUUGCAAGCACGAAUCUACAAUCGUUGAAGCUAUUUUAAGUCCUGAUGGAACUGCUAUUGCAACGGCCAGUCUUGAUGGAGAAGUUAAUUUUUUCCAAAUUAAUUUUUAUGGUAGUACACUACAGGAGGCUCGUUGUCUCCGUAAAUGGAAACCACAUGAUGGAAGACCAGUGUCAUCUCUUUUUUUCUUAGAUGAUCAUAAAAACUAUAACCCGGAUGCUCAAUUCUGGCGAUUUGCAAUCACAGGUUGUGAUAAUAAUACAGAAUUGAAAGUUUGGUCUUGUAAACAAUGGAAAUGUUUGCAAACCAUUCACUUCAAAUCACCACCUAAUGGUAAAACUCCGGUAUUUAAAGCAGGCCUGGAUUUGUCAGCAGGAUUCUUAUUGCUGUCUGAUAUUUGCAAUAAAGGACUUUAUAUUCUGAGUCUUGUGAAAGAUCCAAAUGACGAAAAAGCUUGUAUAUCAACAAUAUCAGAAUUUAGACUACCAUACCCAAUUCUCAGUUUUGGAAUCGUUGAUGCAGGAAUUCGAAAAAUACGUCCAACUAGUGAAUCUCUUGAAGAUUUAUGUCCAUGUGAGGAUGAGAGUGAAGAUCACUUGGUAAUCCGCAUGUAUUUAGUUCAGCCAAAAUCACUUCAAGAAUGUCAUAUUGCUUUUAAACCAGUCCGUAUAGUUCCCAGUACUUGUAAGAUGGAUACUCUCACUCAUGAUUCUCUUGACUAUAUUGAAGAUCUAUUGCUUCUUCAACGUGAACAAAAUAAUAUGGCUGAAGAAAAUGGAGAGACAACAGUAGCAGCAGCAAUAGAAUCAGCUACUAAUCAUAAUACAGGUAUCAAUUUAAUGACUCCCGAUGCUUUUAGUUCACCUACAAAGAAAGAGAAUAAUUUAUCAGAAUCAACAAGUCCAGAAUUGGGUGAUUUAUUAUCAGCAAGUCCUUCACUAGCUCAAGUAGUUCAUGCUUUGAACUCAUCUGAUGCUCCUCUCGCAACUAGUGAGCAAGCUCCGCAAAGUGGAGGAAGUAGCCCUUCAAGAGAGGUACGAGAAAUAUUGUCUUUGGCUGAACCUGAAGAAGAUGAAAAAGACGAAGAUUCAAAAACUUUGGAAAUUAAUAAUAAAAAAGAUGAAAACUGGUCAAAUAUUCCGAUGGCAUUUUUGAGUACAGUUCAUGUAGAUUCCGAUGAACUUUCAAAUGAUAGUCAAAGACCAAAAAAUGAAGCAUUGAAACAAAGAAAAACUUGGCUAGCAACGGAGAACGCUGUUAAUUCUUUGGCAACAAAAUUAGACGGACUUUUGCAGAUAAUUGGAGAACAAAGACAGGAUUUGAAGGAAUUGAGGAGUGAAGUUUCGAAGCUACGACAAGAGAAUUCAGUACUAUCAAGGGUGGAAAGUCCAUUUGGAGGAAUAACUCAACAACAAUUAACUGCAAUAGAACAGAGUAUUUAUAAUAAAUUAGCUAGACAAAGUGGAUUUAUGACUGAAAUUGAAGUAGCGGUUAAAGAGACAGUCCAAUCGACACUGCCUAAGAUAGUUAAAGAUGUAAUUGAUCCUUUGAAAAUCCAGGCUAAGACUGAUAUGAAGAGAAUCGAUGAUCUCUUAAACGAGAAUUUAACACAACUUGUCGGUGGCAAUCAAAUGAGAGACAUAGUGACAUUAGCAGUAGUAAAUGCUGCUAAACCUGUUUUAGAUAGUGCUUUUAAGGAAGCCUUUGCUAAUGAUCUUCUGCCAGGUAUCGAAAAAGCUUGCGAAACAAUGUUUAGACAAAUUCAAGAAGUAUUCGUUAGAGGUUCAAAAGAUUACUUACAAAAUAUUGAAAACUUCCUUGAUGAAGCUUGCCAAAAGAAAAAUGAGCAGCUAACUGAAAAUCUUUCUCGAUUGGUGCGUGAAGAACUACAAAAUGAAAUGGCCAGAGGACUCAAUAGUCUUCAAGAUGGAAUAGUGAAAACUGUUAAAGAAUCCAUCAGAGACAAUUUUGGUCAAAAUUUUAUUGAUAUUCAAGCUAGAUCUCGUGCUACGACUCCUGGUAUAUCUAUUCCAUCACCUGUUGAUGCUCAAGCAAGAGUUUUAACAUUGCUACAUAAAGGACAAUAUAACACUGCUUUCCAACAAGCACUAAGUGCCAGUGAUCUUGGUUUAGUGGUAUUAGUUUGUGAAAAAAUAGAACCUGCUAAAGUCUUUGCUUCAAGCUCAGGCAGUCAAGGCUCUGGAUCACGAUGUAUUCUUCAACAACCUGUGAUAUUGUCUUUGGUUCAACAGCUUUCUGCUGAUCUUACUCAUCGUACUGAACUCAAGCAUAAAUGGUUAGAAGAAGCUAUUUGGAGUUUAGAUCCUACUGAUCCAGUCACUCGUGAACAUAUGGGUGCUGUUCUAAUAACCUUGCAGACUCAAUUGAGUUCAUUCAUCAAUUCUAAUCCCAAUCAUCGAUUAACAAGACGUAUGAAAAUGUUGUCUAUGGCUGCACGGUCACUUCUUUAUCAACAUCCUUAAAUUGACAAGUGAAAUAAGACUGUUCUUUGAACUGUGUAUCUUUGUGUAUUUGUCAAUCGUUAACUUUGUCAUCCAAUUAGGCCAAUACUCCUGUUACUUCCCUAGAUAUUUAAAUUGAAGAUUCAGAACUAAACAAAUUAUUAAUAGUUUAACUUAAGAAUUUUUAUAAAAAUGUGGAGUGGAAAAUUGAUAGCAAUUUUUACUUAUCUUUAGGUACAUAGAUUUUAAAUCAGAAUGGUUCCUACGUUGAAGUUUUUAAAAAUAAUUCAACGUGAAUAUCAAGAAAAAGUACUUUGAAGAUAAUUUUUUAUUCACUACAAAAAAU